AUGAAGCAUGCCAAGUACUCUGCCCUGGAACCAACGUACGACUUUGUGCCGGUUGCAGUCGAGACUGCGGGACCUUGGGCUGUGGAGGCUAGGGACUUUGUGGUUAUAGAAGAGAGGCAAUUGCCAAAGCUUAUUGUGGUCAGUGAGAGAACGCAGACUAAAGAUGUUCUGGAUGCAGAGACCAAUACGAAGACGGCGCGAUUUUCAAUGGUGGAGAGCCAGAAAAGCAAGUUGAAGAGCAAAUGUACGACGGCGUUAGCAAAGGGGGCUAUCCUGGUGUCUUGCAGCCCCUAUGUGGAGAUAGCCAGGCGCCUGAGACAGGACAUAAACGACAAGCAGAAAAAGACAGCUCUCAUCAAGGAUUCUAUGAAACAGAUACCUGAAGUCAAGCGACGUCGCGGCAUCCUAAAGAAGGUUCUAGAAGAUGUGACACUAGACGGCAUGUGCUCGACUGGCACCACCACACAUAAGAAACAACCAACUCUUGACAGGAUACUCAAGGAAAGUCACAUAAACGACAAGCAGAAAAAGACAGCUCUCAUCAAGGAUUCUAUGAAACAGAUACCUGAAGUCAAGCGACGUCGCGGCAUCCUAAAGAAGGUUCUAGAAGAUGUGACACUAGACGGCAUGUGCUCGACUGGCACCACCACACAUAAGAAACAACCAACUCUUGACAGGAUACUCAAGGAAAGUCACAUCUUCCUCAAAUACUCAAAAAGUUGCAAAACAAAAAAGAAACGCGUGCGCAUGGACAAGAAACCAGCCUUCUUCUUCACCAAGAGAGACGAGGAUUCCGUACAGUCAUUAAACGAGGCCUCAGAAAGUGAGAGGCCUAAGCGAGUAGGCCUCCCAGCUUCUGAUGACAAGGAUAACUGUGAGUAUAUAGAGGAGAAACUGGCCUUCUUCUUCACCAAGAGAGACGAGGAUUCCGUACAGUCAUUCAACGAGGCCUUAGAAAGCGAGAGGCCUAAGCGAGUAGGCCUUCCAGCUUCUGAUGAUAAUGACAACUGUGAGUAUAUAGAGGAGAAACUGGCCCUCUUCUUCACCAAGAGAGAAAAGGACUCCGUACAGUCAUUAAACGAGGCCUCAGAAAACGAGAGGCCAGUUAUGUGGCCAAUCUUCCGAAGUUUGAGCGAGACAACGCUAUUCGCGUAUUAUAGCGCAGCGAAGUGCGAAACGGACGCACACUGCGUGCCCCUAAGUGCUUGGGUUAUAAACAGUGGUGAUAUCGUAAUACCACCAGAUCAUUCAGAAGACGACGCCAGCCUCGAACGUAAACCUGCCCGACUAGUACUGCGUGCGUCGUCCGGCGGACCGUCCGUACCGUACGAAUCUGACGCGUCCGACACGUCGGACGAUGGCUCCAGACUCUCCGGCGUCUCUAAUAUGUCUAGCGCAUCGGAUUUUAGGGGGCAGCAUUUAGCAAUAGUCAGUUCCUGUAUCGAUUAA